CAUGUCCUAUCGGAUUUAUGUUUAUAAUGGCAGUUGAUUACUGUGUGACUUGUAAUAACAAUUGGUAUGGUGACAAAUGUCUAAGGGAAUGUAACUGUUUUGUUGGACAAAGGUGUGACAAUGUUCUAGGAUGCAUAAAUGAAACUACACAAACAGCAUCUAACCUCUCAACAACUUGGAACACAGAGUAUGUGACACAAAUUGGAAUAAACUCGAUCGAAACCGUUGAUGAAUUGGAAAUUACAAAUCCUACUCCAACUAAAGACAUCAAUAAUGGGCCUUUAGACAAGGAAAUAGUUCUAUAUUCAGUUGUUAUUGCCUGUUUCUUAGUAAUAUUAGGACUGUCUUAUUUGGUUGUUAAAUACAGACAGAAGACUAAGAUAAAGAAACCAAAGAAAUUGACAAAAAUGACGAAGACGAGCGUCAUACGAUGA